UAGUCUACACAACACAAUAGUACGGACGUAUAUUCAGUGAAUACAGUAUUCGCUUUUAUUUUGAUUUGAAAUAAGCAACUAUGUCAGCAUUUGCGACACCACCGUUCAUAGAAAUUGGAGAUUACGUUAGACAAAACAUGCUCCGCCAGCAGCAGCAACAACUGCAGCAACAACAACAGCAGCAGCAGUGUGCUGAGCGCAGGAAUACACUUGAUGCACAAGUUAACAUAAGGAAUAGGAAUUUCUCAGUUGGGAAUUUCACUCCAGUGCCUGGAAAUACAUCUGUGAUAAUGGAUAACCAGAAUGGCUUUAGUGAACACAAGAAGUUGGAUAGAUCUUACAGUGAACCCUGUGAUAGGCUUGUAAACAACAACACUAACUUGAACAAUCAACAACAACAGCAACAACAAAAACAAGCAGUAAAUUCAAGCAGAUACAAGACUGAACUUUGUAGGCCAUUUGAGGAGAGUGGACAUUGUAAAUACGCUGACAAGUGUCAAUUUGCUCACGGAAUGCACGAACUGAAGCAGUUGAACAGGCAUCCUAAGUACAAAACAGAACUGUGCCGCACAUUCCACUCAAAGGGUUUCUGCCCAUAUGGACCUAGGUGUAACUUUGUUCAUAAUGACGACCUUUCCAACAUGAACGAACAGAACAACCGCAUGACGUCACAGACUCAGCAGCCAGCUACGCAGCAGUACUUUCAGCACAUCUCUCCUCCCAGUCUCAGUCAGUCGCCCCCACCCCCCGUGCAGAGGCCAACGUCAAUCAACUUCAACUCGAGUUUCAACGGUUCUCUGGGAUCUUCUGCGGAGUCCUCGCCGCCGUCUAGCGUGGGCAGCGAGAGUCCAUCUCUCAGCCCAGUCUUCUUUGGAGAAGACCUGUUGAGCACAGGAUUUAAUAUGCCAUUGAACAAUACGCUCAAUUUUGACAAUUCUACAAAUGGGAAUGUGUUCAAUUAUGUGCCAGAAGUGGCUCAACUCGAUCUCGCACCUUUAAACAUUCAGACCACUUUGAACAAUUUCGAUCUGCUUUCACAGCAGUUCAGUGCCUUUCUCAGUUUGGACAAUCAGAACUCUAGUGGAAAGAGCCUUGGCUCUGCCUUGGACGAGUGGGUGCCCCGUGGGUUCACCGCAGCCCCACCCUCCCCGCCCGACUCCAUCUCCGGCGAGAGUGUUACCAGCUCCAGCAGCGCAGGAACAAACUUUAGCUCGAACAAUGUGUCCACUUGUGGCUCACCAAUGGACGUUGGAAAGAACUUCCGCUUACCGGUGUUCAACCACAUUUCUCAGUAGAGAAUGGUGUUAUUGGUGAUCUGUUAUUGAACUGUUGAACUGUAUGUUUUAGACCCGUUUUACUUUACAAUUUGACCAAUUAUCAUCUGGUAAUGAGACAUUUGUUAAGGAGUAUCGAUUUGAUUUUAUUGAUUUUUUUUUAAAUUCAUUUGUCUUAAAGAACGAUUGGAAAUCAUCCUACUAGAUUUAUGUUUUACAGUUUUUUUUAGAUGUUUUAAGUUUUGGUUAAGAAAAUCGAAUUUUAACUUCAGAUCGAAGUUCUUUUUGACAAACUCUUUAAUCAAGAGUCCUGAAUGAUUGAAGAUUGUUGUAUUCCACGAAAUUAGUAUUACAAUUCCCAGGGCAAUUGCUAUAUAUUUCUAUAUAUUUGUAUGUUUUAUGAAGUGCCUACAUGUUUUCUCGGGUACCGUGUGUGCUAACGAUUCACACCUGUUCAUUAAAUUGCAUUUCAGUUACUUGUUAUAUAUUUGAAUUUUGCAAUUACUUUUCUAUUUACUGCUUUCAUUAAUAAUUUAAUUACAACAAAUCUUAUUUAUUGUAACUAUCAUGCAUUUAAGUUAUUCGUCAUUUCAAGCUCAUAUGUAAGCACAUACAUAGUUCGUUGACUGUUCAAUUUAUUCUCAUUGAUUGUUAAAUUAUUUAAAAUUUUGCAAAAAUCCAAAGUUUUGGGAUCACAUAUUAUAAUUUUCAUGUUUGUUCAUAUUUUUGUUCACUGUGAAUACUUUCAUCGAUCAUGUUAUUUAUAUGCAAAAGUAUCCAGAUAUGGAUCGUGAUCUAAUUAUUUGAAAAAAUGACAAAAAUAAAACUUAUUUUGAAAGUUUCAA